ACUUGUAACAAUGCCUCGUCGCUAAUGAUUAGUUUGCGUGACUUGUUUUGCAGUUCUACAUUUACAAAUAUCUAUAUAAAUAUGUACAUAAACAGCUGGUCUACAUUCAAUCGAACUCCGCUUUCAUUGGAUUUCCAAAGUGAAAAUGACUCCUGCUCAACUCGGAUAUGGUGUUUGUUUUUUGUUCCAUUUUUAUGUUGCAUUUGUCAAUGGGGGCUGCCACAAUGGAGUGACGAGAAGACUACUAGACAAUCAAUUUCUGUCCCUAAAGAAGUCUGUGAAUAUGAUGACAGAAGCAAAUAACUGCUAUAGCAAUAUGCCUGCUGCAUUUUAUGCCCAAAUGAAGUCCACCAAAACGUUCUCAGGAGGCUCCAUAAUCGUCUUCGACGAAGUGGUUACCAACCAAGGAAAUGUGUACAAUUCCGCCACGGGAAAGUUCACGGCACCAACAAAGGGCGUCUACCUGUUUACCUGGUCUGCAAUGAGUGAUCCUGGUAAGAUGUCACAUCCACAUUUGUAUGUCAACGGAAAAGUAACGGGACAAACUGCCGACAAUAAUUCAAGAGGUCGAGGUUACAUAAAUGCAAGCAACACAGCCGUGGUGGUACUGAAGAAGGGGGAUAUUGUAUGCAUUAGGGACCCUAAUACAGCACAAUACAGGGGAAAAUACUCAAGUUUCAAUGGCGUCCUCCUGGGUUAACAUCUAGUCAUCGGUUGCCUUGAAUUGUACAUGUAAAGAAAUUCAAUAAAUUUUGUCUUUAAAAAAUGAAA